GUGGGUUCAAAAAUUUAACACAUAACAAUGGAGAGAUUUGAGCCAUUGGCUAUGAUUGCAAUGAUUUUGACCAUUUGUUUGUGUUUGAGUACUCCUAAGGCUUGCUCACAGGCGGAUCAGGGCGGCGGUGUUCCUGGAUUCUUCAUUUUUGGUGAUUCCUUGGUGGAUAAUGGCAACAACAAUGGUUUACUUACCCUUGCAAGAGCCAAUUAUAGGCCCUAUGGAGUUGAUUUCCCACAGGGCACUACAGGCCGCUUCACUAAUGGCCGGACAUUCGUUGAUGUCUUAGCUCAGCUACUGGGGUUUCGGACAUUCAUUCCCCCAUACACUAGAACUCGAGGUAGAGCCCUUCUAAGAGGAGCAAAUUAUGCAUCGGGCGCUGCAGGAAUUCGUGAUGAGACUGGAAACAAUUUGGGUGCUCAUGUAUCUAUGAACAACCAAGUGGAGAACUUUGGAAGAACGGUGGAAGAAAUGAGUAGGUUUUUCAGAGGAGAUACUGAGGCACUCGGUUGCUAUCUAAGCAAAUGCAUUUUCUACUCGGGCAUGGGGAGCAAUGACUAUCUUAACAAUUACUUCAUGACUGAUUUUUACAACACCAAAUCUCAAUACACUCCUCAAGCCUAUGCCUCUGCCCUUCUUGAGGACUACUCUCGCCAACUUAGACAAUUGUACCAAUUCGGAGCUCGAAAAGUGGUGGUGACAGGGGUGGGGAUGAUCGGCUGCAUUCCUUAUGAGCUUGCUAGAUAUCAAGGCAAUAGUAGCCGCUGCAACGAAGAGAUCAACAGCGCCAUCAGUCUUUUCAACACCGGCCUUCGCAAACUCGUCGACCGUUUCAACAGCGGCCGUGUUCUUCCUGGUGCCAAGUUUGUGUACCUUGAUACCUACAAAAGCAACAUCGACUUGAUUGACAAUGCCUCCACAUACGGGUUCACAGUGGUAGACAAGGGAUGUUGUGGAGUGGGCAAAAACAAUGGACAAAUUACAUGUCUGCCACUGCAGCAACCAUGUCAAGAUCGACGAGGCUACUUGUUUUGGGACGCAUUCCAUCCCACUCAGGACGCCAACAUUGUGUUGGCCAAGAUGGCAUUCAGCUCCCCUUCAAGAGCCUAUGCAUAUCCCAUCAACAUUCAACAAUUGGCAGCGUUGUAGGAGCUGGGUUUGUCGGUGAAGCUACGAACUAUUUGUCGGAUUGUCUCUUCCUUGUUGUUGCCUUACUUUGUAAUGUGUCGUUCAUCUCAAGUUUCUUGUGUCUUGUCUUCUCCGUGUUAGGCAUCAAUGGAAUCCUUCCUUUUUGCCUUUUCAAUUUGGAAGUAUAAUAAGAUUGUGAUUUUUAUAUAUGUUU